AUGGCGUCUAACUUUCCAGCCACUAAAAAGAAAAUCAGAGAGGAGAUGCUGACAUGCAGUCUCUGUUUAGAGCCAUUUAGGACACCCAAGGUGCUGCCGUGUCUACACAGCUUUUGCCAACACUGUUUGGAACUCUGGAUGAAAAAGAAUUCCGGUAAGUUGACAUGCCCAAUAUGCAGACGAGAGAUGCCAGACAAUGACGUAAGUGCCUUGCAGACAAAUUUUUUACUAACGGAGCUUUCUGGCUAUAUGUCGACAAUAAAACUUUUAAAAACAGAAGAUAAAUCUUGUGAAGCUUGUCAAGAAACUAUGGCGGUAUCCAGAUGUACUAACUGCUCACAGAACUUGUGUGAAAUGUGUACGAAAGCACAUAGAAAUUUGAAGUUCACAAAAGCCCACAGUGUCAUAGAUUUGAAGCAUUAUACCGAAAAGGCAAUUAAUGGUGUAAAAAAAGCACAGACCAUUGUGUACUGUAAUAAGCAUAAACAAAGUCCAGUGGAAAUUUAUUGCACAGUAUGCCAGAUACCGCUGUGUAUUAAGUGUGCUCUUAUUGACCACUCAACUCCAGGACAUAGACACCAAUACUUGGAAGAAGCGGCGAAAGACGCCAAGGAACGACUUCAGCCUCAGAUUGAAGAACUGAAGAACAAAAUUCAAGCUGCCGAUAUGGCGAUUACUGAUGUUGGCCAAGAAAUGGAAAAACUGAGUGAAAACCAUAAUAAAACAGUGGACGAAAUCGAUCAGCAUGCACAGUGUGUCAUCAAUCAUGUAUUAAAGAAACAAACGGAAGCAAAACAGCAGCUCGGUCGAAUCGUCAACAACAGAAACAGCAAAUUAGAAUCACAGAAAAAGAAUUUGGAAUUGACAAAAGCAAUGUUAGAGAGUGCAGAUGACUUUGUAGAAAAUAUAAUGAAAUUUGCAAGUCCUUCACAAUGUUUAUUUUCACUUAAAAAUGUCACUGAGCGUCUCAAUCACGUCUUGAAAGAUAGAGAGAUAGAAAGCUUAUCAGAUAUGGACAGCAGCUUAUGUUUCAUUCCAAAUAAAAAUAUUCUACAUGAAGAACUUGUCCACCAACAAGCUGAAUUAAAAGUGGAAGUUAAAGGGAUGAAAAAAUCAAUAAAUUUAGGCGAUGAACUCCAGAUUAGAAUAUAUACAAGAGAGAAUUCGUCAGUACAACAGCAGGAUAUACUCGUGACUAUGACUACUCCAGAUAGAGAACAUCAGAAUGUAUCAUUAUUAUCAAGAAUCGGUGGUGUGUGUGGGGGAGUCAUUCCAUGCACAGUAAAAUUCAAACAAGAGGGUAUUCAUUCUUUAAUGGUAAAACAAAGCAACCAGCGGGUUAAAGGAGCACCAUUUGAAAUUAUGGUUUUACCACCAGUUGGUAGUGUGUAUAGCUUUGGAUCUGAAGGCUCAAGGAAGUCGUAUUUUAAUAUACCCUGGGGAGUUGCUAUAAAUAAUAAUGGUCAAAUAGUGGUUGCCGAUACAAACAACCAUAGAAUCCAGAUUCUUGACUGGAGAGGCCAUUGUCUGAAUUGUCUCAAAUGUGAUCUGUUUCCGAAACCAUUUACACCUAGGGACAUAGCUGUGUCAGAUGAUGGUAAAUACUUCGUAACUGACCGUGGAAAUAAACAAAUAGUUGUAUGUACAGAAGAACAUGUGAUAACCACAUUUGGUCCGAAUGAGGGUAUCAAUCCGUAUGGUGUCACACUGACCAACGAUGGAUGCGUACUGGUUACUGACAGACAAAAAGAUAGGCACUAUAUAAGAAAGUACACAAUAAGCGGUGAGCAUGUCAUGGUCACAGAAAUCCCUGGAUCCACUGAAGGACAACCCAUUCAUCCAGACUCAGUUGCAGUGAACACAAAUAAUCAAAUAUAUAUCUCAGAUUCUCGCAACCACCGUAUUCAGAUUAUGGAUUCAAGUCUCCACUAUCUGAAAAGCUUUGGAUCUCUGGGAAAUGGGAUUAACAAAUUCAACGUGCCAUGUGGGGUUGAUAUAGACAAAGAUAACAAUGUUUAUAUCUGUGAUACUGGUAAUAAGAGAAUAUGCAAAUACUCUGCAACGGGUGAACUGAUAGAAUACAUUGCUGAGGGGAAGGUGGACUGUCCAACAUGCAUAGCAGUGAGUAAAGAUUACCCACUGAAAAUUGUUGUGAAUGAAUGUAGACUGCACUCUAUCAAAAUGCUGUAUGUAUAA